UGGCUGAGUGGCCAGGCUGCUGAUGGGAGCCACCGAGCGAUGGCCGCAAGCUCCUGCCGCUGGGACGGAGGCUGCCAUGGAAAUCCUCCUCAUCAUUCGCUUCUGCUGUAACUGCACCUAUGCUCUGCUCUACAAGCCCAUUGACCGUGUCACCAGGAGCACCCUGGUCCUCCAUGACCUGCUGAAGCACACGCCUGUGGACCAUCCAGACUACCCGCUGCUCCAGGAUGCCCUCCGCAUCUCCCAGAACUUCCUGUCCAGCAUCAAUGAGGACAUUGACCCCCGCCGGACUGCGGUCACCACUCCUAAGGGGGAGACGCGGCAGCUGGUGAAGGACGGCUUCCUGGUGGAAGUGUCAGAGAGCUCCCGGAAGCUGCGGCACGUCUUCCUCUUUACAGAUGUCCUACUGUGUGCCAAGCUCAAGAAGACAUCCGCAGGGAAGCACCAGCAAUAUGACUGCAAAUGGUACAUCCCCCUGGCCGACCUAGUGUUUCCAUCCCCCGAAGAGUCUGAGGCCAGCCCCCAGGUGCAUCCCUUCCCAGACCACGAGCUGGAGGACAUGAAAAUGAAGAUCUCUGCCCUCAAGAGUGAAAUCCAGAAGGAGAAAGCCAACAAAGGACAGAGCCGGGCCAUCGAGCGCCUGAAGAAGAAGAUGUUUGAGAAUGAGUUCCUGCUGCUGCUUAACUCCCCAACGAUCCCGUUUCGGAUCCACAAUCGUAAUGGAAAGAGCUACCUGUUCCUACUGUCCUCAGACUACGAGAGGUCAGAGUGGAGAGAAGCCAUUCAGAAGCUACAGAAGAAGGAUCUCCAGGCCUUUGUCCUGAGCUCCGUGGAGCUCCAGGUGCUUACGGGAUCCUGUUUCAAACUUAGGACUGUACACAACAUUCCCGUCACCAGCAAUAAAGACGACGAUGAGUCUCCCGGACUUUAUGGCUUCCUCCAUGUCAUCGUCCACUCUGCCAAAGGGUUCAAGCAGUCAGCCAACCUGUACUGUACCCUGGAGGUGGAUUCCUUUGGCUAUUUCGUCAGCAAAGCCAAAACCAGGGUGUUCCGGGACACGACAGAGCCCAAGUGGGAUGAGGAGUUUGAGAUUGAGCUGGAGGGCUCCCAGUCCCUGAGGAUCCUGUGUUACGAAAAGUGCUAUGACAAGACCAAGGUCAACAAGGACAACAACGAGAUCGUGGACAAGAUCAUGGGCAAAGGGCAGAUCCAGUUGGAUCCCCAGACUGUGGAGACCAAGAACUGGCACACAGAUGUGAUUGAGAUGAACGGGAUCAAAGUGGAAUUCUCCAUGAAGUUCACCAGCCGGGAUAUGAGCCUGAAGAGGACCCCGUCGAAAAAGCAGACUGGUGUCUUUGGCGUGAAGAUCAGCGUAGUGACUAAGCGGGAGCGCUCCAAGGUACCCUACAUCGUGCGGCAGUGUGUGGAGGAGGUGGAGAAGCGGGGCAUCGAGGAAGUUGGCAUCUACCGGAUAUCAGGGGUGGCCACGGACAUCCAGGCACUGAAGGCCGCCUUUGAUGCCAAUAACAAGGACAUCCUGCUGAUGCUGAGUGACAUGGACAUCAAUGCCAUUGCUGGCACCCUGAAGCUCUACUUCCGGGAGCUGCCCGAACCCCUCCUCACAGACCGACUCUACCCAGCCUUCAUGGAGGGCAUCGCCCUGUCAGACCCUGCUGCCAAGGAAAACUGCAUGAUGCACUUACUCCGCACCCUGCCCGACCCCAACCUCAUCACCUUCCUCUUCCUGCUGGAACACUUGAAAAGGGUUGCUGAGAAGGAACCCAUCAACAAAAUGUCCCUUCACAACCUGGCUACUGUGUUUGGCCCCACGUUACUGAGACCCUCGGAAGUGGAGAGCAAAGCACACCUCACGUCGGCCGCAGACAUCUGGUCCCAUGAUGUCAUGGCACAGGUCCAGGUCCUCCUCUACUACCUGCAGCACCCCCCCAUUUCCUUCGCAGAACUGAAGCGGAACACACUGUACUUCUCCACCGACGUGUAGCCCAAGGUGGGAGCCGCUGCAGGGGGGUGCGGCCCAGGCCAACCUCUCUGGCCAGGGGACCCAACACAGACUUGAAAGACUCCAAUAGAAAACUCCCACACCCAGCACUCUAGACUCCAAGGGACGCAGAUUUCCAAGAACUGGAAUACUUGCAUCUUCCAUGCCACCUUGUACAAAGCCAGCUGCCCCAGCCCCCAGCCUCACCGCCGCGCGCCCCGGGCCCUGCCCCACCACCUGGAGCCCUGGGCUCUGCCCUCUGUCCCUCUAGUUGUGUCUCCUGCCCCGAGCCAUUGGGGGAUUGUUUCCUGUCUAUUUGUCAUGCAGAAACGGUAGUGACGGACCCAGUAUGGGCAUACGGACUGCCUGCUUUGUUCUUUCAUUUCCUCCAGCACUUUCUUCUCCUCCCCCCACCCCCGCCACCAGUCCAGUCCAAGGGUUUUUAUUUUGCGCUGUGUAACUCCGGCCAGCUUAUCCUCUCCUGGCCCUGCUCCCAGAUUGCAGUCUCCGGGCAGCAUCCCCUUGGUUUGCCUCCACCUUCCCCUUCCUCCCGGCCUGCCCACAUGCAUGUGCAGCCUUGGUUUUCACUCCAUCACUCUGAAACUUGAGGCGGCCCUGGGCAGUGGUGGCAGCAGUGGUCCAUCCAAGGCUGUGCUUGCUGCCUCCCCUCCUGGGCUUCCCCACACCCCCCAACCCCGUCCUCCGCCUGUGGAAGCACACCUGCUUGGCCUUGCUGCCUGUGCAAAUGUUGGACAGGGAGACAGCCGCACACGAGUCCUCAGCUUAGCACAGAGCUAGAGAGCCGAUCUCUGCAAUUUUCACCUGACAGUCUCCAUUUCUGGGGUUUAUCUGUUCGAUCUCCCGCCUCCUAGUGAGGCAUCUUUGACUGUUUCUUCUGCUUUUCAGUUCCUUCUCCCCUGGUGUUCUAUUUCCUUUGAGUGGCAAGACUUACAAGUGACCUGAUAUCAAGAGAGCCAGAGGGUCAGGAAUCAGGGGAGGCAGGAGAGUCGGGCCACUGAGCAAACGGGACAGGUGGAACAUUCCGGGGAGUGCCACGGAGCACUGGGGGCCCGGAUUUGGGGGGAAGCGGCUCUCAGCAGCAAAACAUUAUAGUGGCUUUGUUAGGGGAGCCAGGUCUCUUGGAUGGCAGCGAAUAUGGCUGAAGCAGGUGUCCAGAAACAGGCAGGCUCCGUCUAGGAGGCAGUCCUUCCUGGCGCCUCGCCUACCCUGCGGUGCCUUUGCCUUAGACUGUACAGUCCUCCGCAGCCACGCACUGCCACAGGGCGGCCCCCACGGCCAUGUGUGCUCUGGGGCCUGGCAGAGACCGGUGCCGUCCCCAGUAGCCAGCCCCCAUGGUGCUGCCUCCCCACCCGCAGCUUCCAGAUGCGGCCUUUGGGGGAGCUCUAGGAAACUCCAGACGUUGGGGAGUCAUAGGCACCUGCCUCUCUUAGGGGCUGGGUUUUGCUAGGGACGUUCAUUGUCUACACUCUGCUCUGGAGUAGAGGAUCGGCAGGUUCUAGUCCCAGUGCUGAGCCCCACUUCUCCGUACCGGAAUGGAAUGAGAAGGAUCCUCCCAGUGCAGUUUCCUCCCAUCUGAGCAGUAGCUGCCAGCACAGGGCAGUUGGCCCGGGAGAACAAACACUCCCGGAUGAUGGGGGCUUGGGCACAUGGCUUUCUGGCUCUCCUAGGUGGCAGAGAGCAGACUCUAGGGCCUCAGAAUUGGAGAACAGCUCCUUUAGCUUGUGCUCAGAGCUAUGUUUUAAAGAAUGGUUUGCUGGCCCUGAAGCCAUAGCAUUGGCUCAUGAGACACGGGGUCCUUUCUUGUGUUUACACCUGUGGCCCAGUCUUGGGCAGAACGGUACACAUUCUGUGCACAUCAGAGGAAAGAAAUGCCUAAGAGGAGGGAAACGAUCCUGAUCACACAGCUGCCUGUGAGCGGCUUAGCAAGGAGCCCCGUGCCCUGGGACAGGAGGUGGAGAAAGAACACCACUUGGGUCAAACAUCCCAGCAUGUGAUCCUCCCUGGAGUCUGUGCCCAGCACUCAGGAGUUGGUGUGUGGCAUCUUGCUUCCAGAGCCAUUGAUGGGAGUGACCUGAAGGCCCAGCUACAGCUAGUUAUAGCCCCAAACGGGUGCCUCCCACCUCCCCCAAAUGAGGGGCUUGCUUCUUGGAAUUAGGUAGCUACCGCAGCCCCCAAGCUUGCUUAGGGAGGAAGGCUGGAGGGGCUGAGAAAUGCAAAAGGCUCAGAAUAUUUAUAAAUUCCACCCCCAGGGUGGGGAAGGGCAGGUACCAAACAAGGACUAAGCUGCACCAAGGAAGGAGCCCAUCCAUGGGUUCUCCCAAGAGUCAGGGACUGUGCAGCCCAGCACCCCUGGCCCCUGUGCCCAACAGGGCAGGCUGUGCCAACAGGAGCCCAGCAGACAGGCCACAGGAGUGCCGGGAUGCCUGUCCCUGCUGGCAAUGGCUGUGGGCUGCCAGUUUUUGCUGAUACAGGUAGGAUGGGAACCUUUAUUAAUAUGAGUUUAAUAAGUUGGUAAGGAUAUAUUUUUUUUGUCUAUGUUCUGUUUCAAUUUAUGUAGAUUAUUAUAAAUUGAUGUAAACCACGUGAGAGGAAAAUGUUAAUAAAAAAAAAAAAUGCAAAGCCCCAACAUUUGCACACAACUCA